UACUUCGUGCAUUAAAACCCUUUAAUGCAUGGCUAGCCGUGGAUUAUCUCUUACAUAUAGUGAAGCAAACCAUACCAUAGGGUUUGCUAGUUUUGCUUAUUUAAAUCUUACUACUAAGUAAAUAAUUAAUGUGUUGAACACUAAAAUCACUGCCUAGAACCAAACUUUCUUCAAAUGAGAAAACCUUGCAAAUGUAGCAGAAUUGUAUUAGUUUAGCACUACAAGCUAUUGCUGUGAUUUAUUGCAACUUUUUUAUAAUUUAAUUUUUAAUGACACUAAAUAAAGACUUUGGAUGCAAUGUAGAUCAGGUAGAUUGGGACAGUUUUUAAAAGACGUCUUCAUGCCAACAUUCAACUACUACAAUGCAACAAUAAUACACUUCAUUUGUUAAAUAAAAUAAUACACCGAAUUUGUUAAGUAAAAUAAUUGAAUGUUUGCUACAUUAUAGUUUGUGAUGACAUCAUAAUAAUUUAAUAAUUAAGAAUAUAUCAUAUAACUAAUUUAAAUGUUUUGUUAAGCUAAGUUUUGUCACAUCAGCAUUACUGUAACCCACAAGUAAGGAACUUGGCAAUCCAUGUCACGCCUCAGGUGGUAUUUAUCAUCAUGACGUGUGCUGAGCUUCUAUCUAUAUAUUAAACAGAACGUCACAAUGGAAACUUUUACUGCUGUUAAUGAUUAAAUUAUUGAAAUUCUCUAUAUGACUGAAUGUCCAUAAUGUGAGAAAGGAAAAGUUCAAAAGCCAGAUUGAAUUCAAAUGAGCAAAGUCUUGAAAAAAAUAUUUAAGAUGGAAAUCUUUUAGUUUCUCUCUCGCUUUAUUUUCUUACUUUUGUUUUAGUUAUGCACCCACAGUUUCCUGACUUCCUGUAUCUCCACACACACACACUUUGUCAAGACGUUGACAGGAGAUCUAUAAACAGCAGCGCUGCACAUGUUUCUAAGCAAGCUGAAUGGCAGAAACAUCACUUUAAACUAGAAUGGAGUUUGCCUGCAGUCAUGUUGUAUGCAACUGGAAAUCUGAGAGUUUAACAGAAGAUGAAACUAACGUUUCAAAUCAAGGUUCCACCUCCACUUUGCCCUGUGGUCUGUUUAGAUCUCAGUCUGUUUUAGAACAUCCGUAUGAUAAUCGCGUUCCCAUCGUUCAGAAUUCAAUUCCGUCACUGGUUCCUCCACCUGUACCGCCCCGUAACAUAAAACAGAAACGCAGACUGUCAACGCUUCCACCACCAAUACCACCUAGAGGUCUUGAAAACAAUGAAGAGAUUCGACUUAAAGCUAAUGUCAACGUAGUGUCACUCAAAGUGGGAAGCCUUGUGGACAUUAGUAAAGAUACUGCUAUACUGAGCAACCAGAAACCAUUGCAUUGUGAAAAAUGCAAUGCCAUUAUGUCCUCUGCAAGCAACCCGGAGACGCACCAAAACACAACAAUGUGGUGCUGUGAGUUUUGUGGUAAAGAGAAUGUCUUCUCACAUACUGUGCUGAAGGGAGUCCGUUUUUCCAUGCGCAGUCCCCUCGCCAGAGACGUACUUUACAAGGAUGACGACGAUGACGAAAUGGAUUAUGAGAACCUAGACAACAUGCUUAUUGUCCUUUGCGUAGACAUUUCCGGAAGUAUGAGCGUGACGUCUGAGAUCUGCCCUGGGAAUAGCAUGCGAUCGCCCACAUAUGUUUCUCGGCUGCAGGGAGUCCAGGAAGCUCUUCAGCUGGUGCUUUCCUCCUUGCUGAAAACCUCACCUCAACGAAGGGUGGCACUGGUCACGUUUAACAAUGAGGUGACAGUGUAUGGGGAUGGUACAGGGGUUCCUCUCAGUCUCAGAGACUGGGCACUGUUGGAUUAUGAUUUCCUGAAGAAAGAAGGAGAGAACUACAACACCCCUCACUGCAUUGCGGAGACCAUCCAGCCUCUGACUCAGAAAAUCAAGGAACUGAGAGAACAUGGAGCUACCGCAUUGGGCCCGGCUGCACUCAUCUCUGUCGCUAUGGCAUCAAAGUUCACAGGGUCAAAAGUGAUAAUUUGCACAGAUGGACGGGCUAACAUAGGUCUUGGACAGUUAGAGCAAGAGUCUUCCCAUUGCCUUGCCCCUCCACCUUAUUUCUACAACCAGUUAGCCGGUUAUGCCGCAGAAAAAGGUGUGAUAGUUUCAGUGAUGACCUUUGAAGGAGAAGACUGUCGUUUGGCAGAGGUUGGAAAGCUGGCUGAUCACACCGGAGGCAGAAUAAAUAUCGUAAAUAUUGGUACGGUCGCAACAGAGAUUCAAAGUGCUAUAUCUGACAACGUCCUAGCCACUAGUGUCAUGGCAACACUGUUGGUACCUGAUGGAAUGUACUUUCCCUAUGAGGAGGAGGAUCAUCGGUUAGUGAGAGAGAUUGGAAAUGUAACAGAUAAAGCUGAGAUCACCUUCCAGUUUGCAGUCAAACCAGAAAAAGUUGAGAGUUUUCAAAGACGGGACAGGGUCCCUUUUCAGCUGCAGCUGAGCUUCAGGACUCGAGACCUACAGAAAGUGACAAGAGUCAUUACUCAACAGAAACGAGUGACCACAAGCAGUUGGGUGUGGGCAGGCAGUUUAAACAUGUCUGUGUUGGGCGUCCACUGUGCCCAGCUUUGUGCCAGGCUUACCAUGGAGGGCAAAAUAAAAGAAGCACAGCGACAACUCAGAGCCCAACAAGACCUUCUCAAAGACAUCAGUGAACAGAAGCCAAGCCCUAAAGAAGAGAGUAUAUAUGGGAACUGGAUUAGUACUAUGAGUUUGAUCUGUGAAGACCUCACCACUGUUAACCAGAACUCAAAAGACAAUGAAGCUCAACCAUCAAGCCCAACGCCUUCUACUGCAAGUCUCUCAGAUGAGGCGGCCAAAGUCGUCUACGAGAUGAAGAGAGCAAAGAGCGUGUCUGAAAAACACAGGGAGGUGCCAUGUUAAAGGACUGAUCUAAGAUCUUUUCGAGAUAUCUAUUGUUAUGUAUAAGUGAGAAAAAUUGUGCUUUUGAUGGGCUGCUAUGUCAAUCAAACAACUACGAACAAACUAUGAACAAUUUAUAUUUUUUAUGGAAAAUACAAAUAUUGAUUAACCUAGCAUCUUAUCUAAUGUAGUGAGUCUUCUGUGACAUCACAGCUUUAUGUAAACAUUAUACAUAUGUGUCCUACUGAUGUAAUAGGUAGUAUACUA